AUGAAGAGUGAUGCGUCUAUGGAUCCUCCUAUGAAGUUUAAAGCUGGAGUCUCCUCACCUCUACACAGUGAUUUACAGAAGACAGGAGACAGAAUAGCAACGAGCAUCAUCACAGAUACAGGGCACGACCCAGAAUCUGCUGCUGUAAAUGAAUUCCAGAAAAAGUUUAAAUUAAAUCUGAUGAAGCAGUUUCAGUUCUUGAAUGGAGUGAUAAUGAACCUGGGAACCCAAACACUCCUGAAUGAGAUCUACACAGAGCUCUACAUCACAGAGGGAGACAGUGGAGACGUCAAUAAAGAACAUGAGGUGAGACAGAUCGAAGCAGCGUCCAGGAGAAUAACAACAGAGGAAACACCAAUCAAAUGCAAUGACAUCUUUAAGCCCUUAUCUAAACAAGACAAACCCAUCAGAUCUGUGCUGACAAAGGGAGUCGCUGGCAUCGGAAAAACUGUCUCUGUGCAGAAGUUCAUUGUGGACUGGGCUGAAGGGAAAGCAAAUCAGGAUGUCCACCUCAUAAUUCCACUUCCUUUCAGAGAGCUGAAUUUGAUCGAGGACCAGAAACUGUGUCUGAUGGAGCUCCUUCAUGUCUGUUUUAAAGAAAUAAAAGAAACAGAAAUGUUAAUUUGGGAAAAGAUUCUGUUUAUUUUUGAUGGAUUGGAUGAGUGUCGUUUUCCUCUAGAUUUCCAGAACACAGUGAGUGUGUGUGAUGUAACUGAAUCUGCAUCAGUGCCUGUGCUGCUGAUAAACCUGAUCAAAGGGAAUCUGCUUCCCUCUGCUCUCAUCUGGAUCACCUCCCGACCUGCAGCAGCUGAUCAAAUCCCCUCUGAGUGUGUCCAUCGAGUCACAGAAGUACGAGGGUUCAAUGACCCACAGAAGGAGGAGUACUUCAGGAAGAGGAUCAGUGAUCAGAGCCUGGCCAAUAACAUCAUCACACACCUGAAGUCCUUAAGAAGCCUCUACAUCAUGUGUCACAUCCCAGUCUUCUGCUGGAUUUCAGCCGCGGUUCUAGAGAGAAUGUUGGGUGAAGCAGAGAGUGAAGAGAUCCCCAAGACUCUGACUCAAAUGUACACACACUUCCUCAUCAUUCAGAUAAACAUCAUAAGAGAAAAGUACUCAAAGAAGCAGCAGAGUGACGAAGAAAUGCUUCUUAAACUGGGACAACUGGCUUUUGAGCAGCUGGAGAAAGGGAACCUGAUCUUCUAUGAGGAAGACCUGAGAGAGUGUGGCAUUGAUGUGAGAGAAGCAGCAGUGUACUCAGGUGUGUGCACGCAGAUCUUCAGAGAGGAGUUUGGGCUUCACCAGAGUAAAGUGUACUGCUUUGUUCAUCUGAGCAUUCAGGAACAUCUCGCAGCUCUGUAUGUGCACCUGAUGUUCAGGAUAGACAAUAAAAAUGUUCUUGAAAAGAGUCGAGCUUCAAAAUUACAAAUCACAGUUUUAGAUUUCCACAAGUCUGCUGUAGUUGAAGCUUUAAAAAGUCAGACUGGACAUCUGGAUCUUUUCCUUCGCUUUUUUCUUGGUCUUUCACUGGAGUCCAAUCAGGAACUCUUACAGGUCUUAGUAACACAGACAGGAAGUAGCUCCCAGAGCACAGAGGAAACAGUUCAGUACAUUAAGUGGAAGAUCAGUGAAGAUCUUCCUACAGAGAAAUCCAUCAAUCUGUUCCACUGUCUGAAUGAACUGGGUGAUAAUUCUCUAGAGGAGGAAAUCCAACACUACCUGAAAUCUGGAAAACAAAGUAAACUCUCUUCAUCACAGUUGUCUGCUCUGGUGUUUGUGUUACUGACAUCAGCACAGGAGCUGGAGGAAUUUGACCUGAAUAAAUAUUUCAGUCCAGAUAAGAUAACAGAUGAUGUUCUUCUGAAGCUGAUGCCUGUGAUUGCAGCAUCUAGAAAAGCAAUUAUCAGGUGUGAUAAAGUUGGAGUAAAAGUUUGUUCAGCUCUGGGCUCAGCACUCAACUCAGAAACCUCCAAUCUGAGAGAACUGCAUCUGACUGUGAAAACACUGGAUCUGUCCAACAGUAGACUAGGAGACUCAGGAGUAAAGACUCUCUCUGCUGUACUGGAGAAUCCUCACAGUAAAGUGGAAAGUCUGAGGUUGUGGUCUUGUGGUGUCUCAGAUGAAGGCUGUGCUGCUCUGACUUCAGCUCUGAGAUCAAACCCCUCACACCUGAGAGAACUGGAUCUGACUGAUAAUAAAGUAGGAGACUUAGGAGUGAAGUGUCUCUGUGCUGUACUGGAGAAUCCUCACUGUAAACUGGAGACACUGAGGUUGCAGUCUUGUGGUGUCUCAGAUGAAGGCUGUGCUGCUCUGACUUCAGCUCUGAGAUCAAACCCCUCACACCUGAGAGAACUGGAUCUGUCCUGGAAUAGAGUAGGAGACUCAGGAGUGAAGCGUCUCUGUGCUGUACUACAGAAUCCUCUCUGUAAACUGGAGACACUGAGUUUGCAGUGGUGUGGUGUCUCAGAUGAAGGCUGUGCUGCUCUGACUUCAGCUCUGCGAUCAAACCCCUCACACCUGAAAGUACUGGAUCUGGUCUUGAAUAAUGUAGGAGACUCAGGAAAGAAGCUGCUCUCUGCUCUUAAGGAUGAUGAACAUUACAAACUACAGACACUGAAGUGA